GUUUUCUCUUUCCUCUCAGGGUUUCCAGUAAAGAGAUACUGCACGGUACCUCCCAGCUGUACAAAGUCAUGAAGACAUUUCAUGUGAUUCAUAUCUGCUGUGAGGCGCACUUCGUCCAGCAGGGUCAGACGGGCGACAUUUGUCAACACAAAACAGACGUUUGGCUUCAUUCGGCUCUCCUCGCGGGUUGAACUAUGGCUGAUGUUUAUCGACACCCCGUUUUCUUCGAGUGCCCCGGUCUCCUCAAAGAGCAGGAGAAGAGGAUAGAAACGUAUUUCCGUGUUCACCGCAGAUCAGGCGGAGGAGACUGCGCGCUGAGGAGGGACAACGAUCGGAUCUACAGCAUUGCGUUCAAAUACCCAAAAGAUCAGCAGGCGGUGCUGCAGAGAUCUGAGCAUGUUGUGGACGGUCUGGUGUUAACUGUCCGAGGCAGCCGGGAACCUCUCUCCUCCCAGGAUUUCACCGCUCCAGUACAGAGCCCACAAUGCAUUCCUGACUCAACACCUUCAACAAGUGGCGAAGAAUAUGAACUACGACUUGAUUGUCACCUCCUGCGUUAUCUAAAGGAGUGCCCCAAGGCUGUGAAAGAACUAGAGGAAGCACUCAGCUCUGUGGCCUGCUCUGCCCAGCUGUACCCAGAGGAGGGGAGGGUUUUAGUUAGCCGGUUAGCUCAAGCUGGUGCUGCAGUUAGAAAUUGGAAAGCCGAGGUAGACAAACUCUUUGAUGGCUAUAUGUGCCACUGUGAGGUGGACCCUCACAAAGGUAAAGCUUUAAUUAAGUCCUGCAGUUCGACCACAGAUGGGGUGAAGGUGUACAGCGAGGAUGGGAUGGCCAUUGUGGUUGGGGAGCGUUCUCAAGUGAAGGCCAUGUUGAUGGCUGUAGAGGACUCGCAUGUUAAACGACGGUCAGGUUCCAGUGAGAAGCAAAAAAGCAUUCGUCGACUGGGCGAGGCCAAGCUCCGCCUCCUCUGGAAAGAGAUGGAGCCCAGUUUGCGACAAGAUUUUCCAGAAGUGAAGGUCACGCAGGGAGCUGCAGGUCAGUUAGUUUUGGAAGGUUCUGUGGAGGAGAUUCUUAAGGAUGGAGAUUCUAUCUCUGAGCAGGAGAAUCUUGUGUUCGAAAGGACCGUUUCUGACAUGAGCCCACAUCUUUUGGCCUUCUUGAGAAAGGCAUACGGCGGUGCAGGGGUGCUGGGGGACUUUUUAGGGGUUGGUGGCAAGGUGGAAAUAGAGUUACGAGACACGGAGGUACGUUUCUUAUCUCUUUCCACUGAUGAUCUUGAUGAAACUGUAAAGGCACUGCAAGGUGAGCUCAAGGAAGUCAAGAUUGAUGUUCCUAACUACUCUUCUGUGCCAUCUGAUCUUUGUGAAAAUCUAAAGUCCAAGAGAAAUAAGAUGAACCAAGGGCAAUACAGGGCUCAGGUUGUGUUUGGCCCAGACAGCACGGUGUCCCUACUGGGCCACACCAAAGAGGUCGAAGAGCUGAGGGAAGUUGUCAUACAGUUUUUGGACGAGUCAAGUGUUCAAAGCAUAGUCUAUCUGCCUUACACAGAGUUAGCACAACAGUUGCCAGAAUUGCUGCAGCGGCAUGGUUUUGACUAUUCAGGGGUUACCUUCCAUCCCAUAACAUCUUCCUCCACACCCACAGUGGUGCUGAAAGGUCCAUCUGGAAAAGUGAAUGAGGUCAGAAACUGGCUAGGUCUAUUUCUGGACUCACUUCUUGGGGAUAGAGUCACCACUGACCAGUUAGGGACAGUAAGACAUUCCAAAAGUCCCACUGGGAAAGAUGAAUUCCUAAAUGUUGCGCGUGAUCUUGCGCCCUUAAGUUUGAGUGAAGUAAACACAACAGUUGCUAGCUACAGCCAACCAUGUGACCGGCCUCUCCAAGGGAUAAGUAGCGGAAACGCUGCACCAAGUGAUCCGGGGUUCCAAAGAGGAGCCACUGGUGGAGCUCCUGUCCAUGUAGAGAUCAUUCAGGAAACCCUGGAGACCCAGCAGGUGGAUGCCCUGGUUUCACCCAUGGUUGGCCAUGAUCCUCUCUCCACCUGUGUUGGAAACACUUUGUGUGAAAUGGUUGGAUCCCAGCUGACUGCAGGCUUUAGAAAGGAAGCAGGAGAAGGAACUAUGCCUGGUGAUGCAGUCCUGGUGGAGGUCUUCUCCGCACUUCCAUCUAAUGCAGUGUUCUUCCUCAGCCUCAUUCCCUGGGAUGAAGACCCAGAUGGAACUGCAGUUCAGGUUCUGAAACUGGCCUUCAGUAACAUCCUAACUACCUGUGAGAAAAGAGGGUUUGGAUCAGUUGCUCUCCCUCUACUCGGUGCUGGGAAUGCCCUGCAGUUUCCCGAGAGCGUGGUUGUCAGGGUUCUACAGGAGGAAGUUCUUGCGUUUCAACAGAACCAAGCCAGCAGAACACCGUUCCUGGUCCGCAUCGUCAUCCCCCCCACUGACGAAGAGUCCAGCGAGGCCUUCAGGUAUGUCCAGGAAGCUUUCCAAGCCAAAAUAUUCCAACCAGACCAAGUGUCAACUACAAGGAGGAUCGUCCUGCUGGGAAAAACCGGAUCUGGGAAAAGCAACCUAGCUAACACCAUAUUUGGAGAGAAAUUGUUCAAAACAGACCAGUCUCCCAACUCUGGAACAAGUGAAUGUCAAGCUGAAACCAAAUCUGUCAAUGGAAGAAGCUUCACUCUGAUCGACACUCCUGGUUUCUUUGAUACAGGCAGGCCUGAGGAGAAGAUGAAGGCUGAGAUAGUGAAGUGCAUCACAGAGUGCGCUCCUGGGCCUCAUGCUUUUCUCAUUGUGCUGAAAGUGGAGAAAUUCACAGAGCACGAGCAGGCUGUCACCAAUAAAAUAUGCCAAUAUUUCUCUGAAGAUGUUUUGAAAUAUGCUGUGAUCGUCUUCACACAUGGCGACGGGCUGCCUAAAGGGAUGAAAAUUGAGGAGUUUGUGAGUCAGAAUGAGAAUCUGAGCGAUCUGGUGAAGAAGUGCGGCGGCCGGUGCCACGUCGUUGAUAAUAAGCACUGGAAGAACAACCUGCAGAAUAGCUACAGGAGCAACCCGGUCCGGGUGGAGGACCUGCUCAACACAAUAGACAAGAUGGUGAUGGAAAACAACGGAGGCCACUACACCAACGAGGUGUUUCAAGAAGUGGAGAAAGAAAUACAGAUAGAGGAAGAGCACAUAAAGCAAAACACGUCGUCGGGAAACGUGCCACAGGAAGAGAUCAGAAAACAGGCAAAAACCAGAGUGUCUGACAGGGUCUUGAUCCAACUGGCAGGCACAGCAACCGGAGUGGUGUUAGGAGCUUUGUGUGGCUUGACAGCGAUGGUUGGACUAGUCAUCAUGGCUCUGCAGAACUGUGCAGGGUUGAUGAAACUUGUGAAAAUGGCUCCAGCAACAGCGGCGGCAGCAGCAGCAGCAGCAGGAGGAGGAGAAGUAGCAGGACUGGCAGUCGCUGGAGUGUCGUUGGGCGUGGCCGCUGCAAUAGGAGGAGUAAUAGGGGGUAUUAUUGGACAAGAGGCAGCUGAGAAAGCAGAAACACCAAGGGAGGCAGUCGAAAUUGUAAAAAAUGCUGUCAUAAACAGAGGGAAAGCUGCUUUUAAUUGGCAAUGAUUACAUUCCAUUCAUCUGGAGUUGUGUUUUCUGGCCACCUCGCGAAUGUUUGUCCAACGUUCACUCCAUUUAUCUCUGCUUUUGUCUCAACCAUUCCGGGGGGGAGGGGGUAUCUGUCUCUCUAGCUGCUGAAGGCUCCGUAAAGAGCCGGGGGGGGGGGGACUCCAGGGUCACGUGACAUUUCUUUGUGGGUUUGACACUACAAGCAGACAAUUAAUCCCUUGUUAGUACAACAAAAAUUGAUUAUUGCAGCUUUAACUGAAGUGGAAAAGAUGUUUGGGGCUGAUAACCACAGCAUAAUCAAAACAAGUUAAGCAGUGAUUCUGAAAAAGGUGGAGGGAAAUGUUCAUUGUAAAGAGUCAAAACUCUGUGAAUUAUCUAAAAAUCAUUCUAAUAUAGGAACAGUGGGCUGAUGCCAUCUUUAUAUAUCGGUAAUGUGUGGAAUACAUGAGUAUAUAAAUGAUUAAAGCAAUUGACGAUGUUGAAUUAUCUGACAGUGGUGGUUUGAAUGUGGACUCUCUUUUACCUGUUGGAUUAUAAAUAACUAUAUACCACUGACCUGUUUCUCUUUAUUAUGCCAUUAUUUGUUAGAAAUCUGUUUUUCAACAAUAAAAGCACUGAUUGCGAACACGUUUUCCUAUUUGUCCAUUUCUUAUUACAAUGUGAGUGAAAGUCUGUGUAGUUUACCCUGCACCUACAAACUCAGGUCAACAGGGAGCUCCCUAAAGCAAGACAAACGCUUCGUUUAUUCGUUCCCAUCCUGCAAAAACGAGGCACAAAGUGCAAACGCAAUGGGUGGUGUUGUAAUGUAAAAGCUUUUCUUUAAGCCUUGAAAUAUUUUGCAUUAAUAUAAUAUUAUAAUUUACAUUUGCCUCUAGGUUUCAUAUUUUCCUAGAUGUUCUCAUAACAACUGUCAGGCCUGAAAAGCAUCCAACCUCCACAGACUUGUUCUUAUUGUGUAUAAAUUGCUGUC